AUGCUCAAUGGCACCACCACCAACUUGGUCCCCAAAGCACACAUUGAGGGCGCACUGUCUGUUUCACCAUUGGAGGUGACCGAUCCAUGGCAGACACGCCGAGUGUCGGUUGCAGGCCCUCUUGGUUCCGGCAUUUUCCGGCAGUGCCAUCACAUCAUUCUAUACUACGAGGUGGAGUCCGGUGAGGAUUUGGGUUGGUUGGUGGCAGGAUGGACCAAGGAGUCGCUAGGGAUGGCAUUGCUGCAGCAGCCAAUACUAGCCGGGAGGCUACGCCGUGUGGAGGAAGGGAAUGGAGAACUCGAGGUUGUGUCAAAUGACAGUGGCAUUAGAUUGGUCGAGGCACGGAUGCCGAAAACCUUGUCAGAGUUUCUUGAGCUGAAGGCAAGAGAAGAGGCAGAGGCUGAGCUUGUGUUUUGGAAGGACAUUGAUGAACAAAAUCCUCAGUUCUCUCCACUAUGUUAUGUUCAGGUAAGUAAACUAAUUAUGUGACUUAACUUCCAGUGUGGGGGAUACUCAAUUGGGAUUAGCUGCAGCCUUCUUGUUGCAGACCCUUUGGUCAUCACAAGUUUCCUCAAGAAAUGGGUUGAUAUUCACAAGAACAUAGUAUCCAAAACUGAUAUGCCCAAAACACCCCUAUUUUACCUCCCUAAUCUCCAACCAAGUGGUGGUUCACCCAUCAACAUAAUAGGCUCAAACCCUUCUAAAGACCGUGGCCAAAGCAUGAUGUUCAAAAUUGCAACUAAAAAUUCCAACUUGAAUGAUGAACGACAUAUGGAGAAGACGGUUGCAUUGCUAUGCAUCGACUAG